AUGAGUGGCGUACAGACCACGCGAUCGCCUUUCGUGGGACUCAACGAAGUGUUUAAUUUGGUUCACGAAAAGGGACUCAAAAUCGGUUUUUAUAACUCAAUCGCUUUGAUAUUCCUGUUGUUUGUAUCCAUUAUUAUAUACAACUGUUAUUGGAUUUUACAACCAUUUCUGCGACCACUCGUUUGGGCCAUACUUUGCGGAUCAGCUCUUCACCCGUUCAGACGACACCUAUUCUUGUGUUCAAACAAAUGGAUAACAGAUCUGAGAAGAGACGGCACACCAAUCACUUUGGGAACUCUAUGUCUGCCCGUCUAUAUCAUCAACAGUCUCGUCGACUCUGUCAUCGCAUUCAUCUAUAAGUACUUACGAGUGAUUGUAUUCAUCGGUUGUCUCUUAUUAUUGCACUUCCAGUUCAUGCAUAUUAUGGACAAUAUCUAUGAAUUGGUCUAUAAGUCAAUAGUGUAUGCGAUUGAGUGGUCGAGUGCUGUGUUAUCUCUUUGGACUAAUACUGACCAUACAUUUCCCAUAAUAACCAUAACAAUGGCUUAUUUUAUUGUCUUAAUGAUUGAUUGGUCCGAAUCGACACAAGAGUAUCUCAUAUGGUUCUCACCAUUUGUUUUACUAUUAUUCUCAGUCCAUAUAAUCUGCUUAUUGGGAACUUAUGGACACUUAUUCUUCUUAAUCGCGGUUUCAAUUAUACUCAUUGGUCUGACGAAGACCUUAAUCACCGGACAUAUGAAUCCAAAUAUGAUGGAUGAAACCGAUGGCUUCGUUAGCCUUUCCAUUAGAAUCAAGAAUAUAUUGAUUUCAUUCAAAAACAAAUGGCUAACAGACCAUCGAGACCAUGAAGAGUGCAGUGAUACCAGUGAUGACAAUGAGGACAAGAGUGAAGAGAAUGAGAAGCCUUCUGAGCAAACAUUUGCGUCGACGGCUACCAGUCCUAUACAAGCCCUCAAUUACUCCAACAGACGGAGUAGUAGUGUCUCAACGAAUUCAUCCAAAGAAUACAAGAGUAAUACAUAUUUGUGUGCAGUUCUGUGGGCCGUCGUCUUUGUCCAGAUCUGGUCGCAUCCGAGUCUCAUCUAUUUUGCUCCCAUUCUGAUGGCCAUAAAAGCCGUCACAUUCUUCUGGAAUUAUAUUUCAAUGUCUUUAUGUCAGUUCAGUCUUCAAUUAGUGAAUUUGAUGAGCAAUGUAUUCAAUAAGACUCUCAAUUCUUAUCCGGAAUCGACUCAACUGUUACCCGAAAGCCUUAGAGGAGUGGACGGAAUGCUCGACGAAAUGGUGAGAAAUGGCUACGAAUACGGCCGACAAUACAUUAAAACUUCGGUCAGAAGCGCACUGAACGUCGACUCAAAUGUGACACAAAGCAAAGACGUGGAGAAACAGAUUCUUGAAAUCUGGGACAGGGCUUACCAUUUAUGGCUGAUUCGCAACAAUAACGAAACGGAUACAUUGCCUAAGAAAGGGCCGUACGAUUUCGAUAAGCUUUUCGGUAUUCGAUUCCGUACAUUGCCUAAGAAAGGGCCGUACGAUUUCGAUAAGCUGUACAAUGCACUCAAGACAUUAGAUCUAACCCUUUGCUUCAAUAUUGUCAAAGAAAAUAUCGAUACAUUAGUUUCGGUAUUCGAUUCCGUAUGGCUACUCCUAAAAGGGAACGUUACUCUACUAUUCUCGGCGAUCGCAGCCGUAUUCUCUACUCUAUUGGGCGGAGGUCUGGGACUUAUGAAUCUCGUGUUCAGUUUCAUAAUCUUCAUGACAGCCCUUUUCUAUCUGUUGUCUGCGAGUGGAGAGCACUAUAAACCGGUAGAACUCGUGAAUCAAAUCUUUCCCUCAGAAGUGGGACCGCAGCCGACAGGGAUUUAUAGCAAUAUGCCGACCAAUAGUAAGUUAGGUCGGGCUGUAGAGGAGGCCAUAAACGGUGUGUUCGUCGCAUCUCUCAAAAUGUCUGCUUUCUAUGGACUCUACACUUGGCUCAUACACACACUCUUCGACGCCAACAUUGUUUACAUACCUUCAGUGAUGGCCGCAAUGUUCGGCGCCAUCCCAUUCCUCAGCGCCUUUUGGGCAUCAUUUCCAGCCUUUUUAGACCUUUUCUUCGUUCAGAAUCACACGACAAAAGCAGUUCUACUCCUAAUCACUGCUUAUUUUCCAGCAUUUUUUGUCGAUUCAACCAUUUAUAGCGAAAUUAAAAGUGCGGGUCACCCAUACCUGACAGGUCUGGCCAUUGCUGGCGGAGUCUUCUAUUUGGGAUUCGAGGGCGCAUUCUUCGGACCCUUCCUCUUAUGCUGUCUUUUCGUGGCAUUAAAUAUAUACAGAGAUAUUAUGCAGGAAAGCGCUGUGACAGCCGUCCACACGGAUGUGACCCCUUUCCCAACGCACAAAAAGGGUCCUCUCAGGAGGUUUCAAUCUCAAGAACAUUAA